UCUACCCCCGUGCAAGCUCACAAUCCUGAAAGCUAUCCACAAUCGUUAGCUCGAUCCGAUUCAAGCCAAGAUCCCCUCACCCCAACGUGCAAUCUCGCCGGUUAGCCGUCGACGCCGUCUAUGUCCAGGCUGAUGGCCGCCAUGCUGCUCGGGGGCGCGCGUGCCGCCGGCGCCGCCAAGCUCGCCGGCAGCUCUGCAGUUAAGCAGGCUCUUGUUCCCACUCCGGCGUGUUUCCUUCCUCCCCGCCCGCAGCCGGCGGGCUGGGGCCGCCUCUGCUUGCAGACCACGCCAAGAUCGUCUCAGGCGUACAACAACGCGGCGGACGACCGGAGGGACAUCAGGGACAAGUACAAGGGCGCGGCGGAGGAGGCGAAGGACGCCACCGGCGAGGCCAAGGAGCACGUGAAGGGGGUGGCCGGGGAGGCGAAGGACAGGGCGCAGGACCAGGCCGGCCGCGUGGCGGACCAGGCGUCGGGCAUGGCGGGGAGGGCCAAGGACCAGACCAAGGGCAUGGCGGAGGACGCCGCGGACACCGCGUCCCGGGUGGCGGACAGGGCGAAGCACGAGACGAAGGACGCGGCGCGGGAGGCCGCGGACAGGGCGGGGCACGCCAAGGACCGGGCCAAGGAGAUGGGGCACGAGGCCGCGGACCGGGCGCAGGAAGCGGCGCGGGCGGCCAAGGACCGGACGGGGGAGGCGGCGGAGCAGGCCAUGGACCGCGCCGGCGAGGCCAAGGACCGCGCCGUGGAGGGGACCAUGUCGGCCGGGGAGAAGGUGGUGGAGAUGACCAAGGAGGGCGCGAGCAAGGUGGCCGAGACGGCGCAGGCGAUCGGCGAGAAGGCGAAGCAGGCGGCGCGGGGCACCUGGGACGCCGCCAAGGAGACCGCGCAGAGCGUGAAGGACAGCGUGGUCCCCGACGCGGACGACGUGGACGCCGCCGUGAAGGAGCGGGACCGGGUCGCCCGGGAGAUGGACAGGGUGGAGCAGGAGCGGAACAAGAGGGAGGCCAGGGAGAAGGGCUCAGGCUUGCCGUAGACGAAGUGCCUAGCUCAACGCUUUGCCAGCCGCCUCUUGAGCUGAAUUUCACCUUCGCUAGUUGAAUAAGUUUGGCAAAAGAUCAUGCGUGUCAUGUGCCGAUUUGUCUUGUGUUGGAUCAACACAUCGAAGCUCUGUAAUGUACACGAACUGCUUGUGUACUCAGCAUCGGACCUGUUUAGCAAAAGCAGGGAUCUUUUUUUCCUUUCA